AUUUUGCAGACUGUUCAUCUUAUUCAGAACAGCACCAUGAUUUUCAUUGAACUUGUUUUCUUCUCGUUUGUGCUCUCUUCAAAAGGAACUAAACUAGAGCCAACUUGUCCGAAUAAAACGAGGAACCAGCGUGUCUUGUGGAAUUGUUACGAUGAUGGCACCUGUUACGAAAAGAGCUUCUAUUACAAUGCUAGAGAAGAUAAAUGCGAACAAUUCGAAUACAAGGGCUGUGGGGGAAAUGGGAACAAUUUUCCGUCGCUAGAGGACUGCACAAGCCGCUGCAAGAGAAACAUGACAAGUUACGACCACACAUACUUGCAGCGCUUGAAGGAAAGAAAUCUUGCACGUUUCAACUGUACAACCCUUUAUGAGCCUUCAACGAACAACGCCAAAAUCACACGCUUUUACUAUGACAGUUACAGGAAAGUCUGCAGAGUGGGCAUUGUCUCUAAAGGCGAUAACUAUUUUCCCGCACUGCGUUACUGCCUCUUCAUGUGCAACACAACUAAAAUUGUCCCUGGGAGGUGUCAGAGGCCAAUGAAAAGUGGACGUUCGCCAGUUGAUGGGUGGAAGUGUCAUUACGAAACGAGGUUUAACGUACUUUUUUGCAACCAGUCGAUAAGUAAAUACACAUAAAGAAGUAUGCAAUAAACACUGUGAACUUGUAGAAAUCUCUACAAGUGAACUACGCUUCGUAUAAAAGGGCCACUUAUAAGGCUCCCAAAAUUCAAAAUACAAAAAUAGCGAAA